AUGGUGUUUGUUGAUUCGGUUACAAAAAAAAAGUCUUCCGCGCCACAACCAAGGACCAUACAAAACUGGAUAAAAACCAUCAGAGGUUUUCAAAACAUAUACAAAGUAAUGGCAGAAUACGGUGUACAUUCCUUAUUGCUUCGCAACUUCAACCAAGAUCCAAUCGAAAAUUUCUUUGGUGCGAUUCGGAGUCUUGGUUAUCGUUCCAAUAAUCCAUCGACUCAGGGGUUUUCUUCAGCAUAUAAAACUUUGAUGUUAAAUAAUUUAACAACAUCGCACUCGAUUGGAAGCAAUUGUGAAGAAGACUUCUCAGAAGGUGCUCUGGCUUCAUAUAAUUUACUGUUUUCAUCUAUGAUAAAUAAUGAUGAUACACAAAACAUAUAUCAUGAACCUAGAGUUGAUGAUGGGUUAGUAAAAAAUAAGUCUGCAUGUACACCUGAGCUAUCAUACUUAAAGUUUCAAACCCAAAAUUAUAUAGCUGGAUUUAUAAUUAAAAAAUUAAAUACAAUUCUGUUUAAAAAUUGCAAGAUAUGUAUAGGUCAGAUUUGUACUAAUAGCGUUGGUAAAUCUCAUGACCUCAUGUUAGCAAGAGAAUACAAUGAACAACUUAACCUCAAGUAUCCAAAUGUUAGUUUUUGUCGUUUGAUACAGGGUAUAACUGAUCUUAUAUAUUUACAACUUCCUUCAAUAUGUCAUCGGUUAGAUUAUAAAUUAGUUUUAAUUUCUAAAAUUCAAGAACAAUUUAAUCUAAACAUAUUAAACUGUCCAAUUCACUCUGAACAUUUUGAAAAUAAAAUUUUAAAUUUCUCCAUUAAAUUAUUAACAAACCACUGGUGUGUGGAAGUUAAUCGUAUAUUAAAUGGUAAAAAAAAAAAAAAUUCUCACGAAAAAGACAACAUUAAAAUAGCAGCAGCUAAUAGGUAUAAUAAAUUCUCAAAGUUUAAAAGUAAAACAAUAUUUCAAUAUUAA